GUGCGCGGGCGCUGAGGACGAGUGCCGGGAUCGUCCAUGGAUCUGAUCCGGGGCUUCUGCGGGAAGCUGCGGUCUCUGGCCGUCACCCUGGACGGCGAGACGGCCCGGCUGCAGCGAGCGCUGGACGGAGAGGACAGCGACUUUGAAGAUUAUCCAAUGAGAGUUUUACAUGACCUUCAUUCAGAAGUCCGGACUCUAAAGGAUGAUGUCAAUAUUCUUCUUGAUGAAGCAAGCUUGGAAAGUCAAGAAAGCAUUGGUUUCAUAAAGGCAACAAAAGUACUGAUGAAAAAAAAUUCAAUGGAUAUCAUGAAAAUAAGAGAGUUUUUCCAGAAGUAUGGAUAUAAUCCACGUGCCAAGGAAAAUUCAGUGGAUGAGCAAGAAGUCAUUGACUCUAAACCAGAGUCCAAUAAACGUGACAAUCCUGAGAAGCCUGAUGUGAAGGGUGAUUUGUCGGAUUCUGCUCCUCCAAGCAGUUCUGUUUCUGAGAAGCCUCCGCGUAGUCCACAACUUUCCGAUUUUGGACUUGAGCGGUACAUGAUAUCCCAAGUUCUGCCAAACCCUCCCCAGGCAGUAAACAACGAGAAGGAAGAGCCAAAAAUUUUAACUCCAUUUUCCAAACGGCCACUAGUAAAAACUCCCAAAUGUGCACUAAAGAUGGAUGAUUUUGAGUGUGUGACUCCUAAAUUAGAACACUUUGGUAUCUCUGAAUAUACUAUGUGUUUAAAUGAAGAUUACACAAUGGGACUUAAAAAUGUGAAGAAUAACAGUGAGGAGGCCGUAGAAACAGAACCAGUGACCAACAAUAAUUUCUUUGCCACUCCUGGCCCCAUAACCCAGCCAUUGGAGAAAAAUGAUGCCAAGCAUACACAUUCUCCCGUGGCACCUACAUUCUGCACUCCUGGUUUGAAAAUCCCUUCUACAAAGAACAGCACAGCUUUGGUAUCCACAAAUUAUCCAUUAUCAAAAACAAAUAGUUCAUCAAAUGACUUGGAAAUGAAAGACAGUACAUCGUUAGUUUUAAAUUCAGACGAGUGCUUUGAGAAUUUUGCGGAUCCCUCUUCUCCUACGAUUUCUUCUUAUGAGAAUCUGCUCAGAACACCUACACCUCCAGAAGUAACUACAAUUCCAGAAGAUAUUCGCCAGAUUUUAUCAAAAUACAACUCAAACCUAGCUACUCUGGUAGCAGUUAGAGAAGUGCCACCCAGCAAAGUGUUCCUUCCUCGGUGUGAAGGACAGGACGUCCGAAACGCUGACAACAGAGAAAACUGGUGAAAAAAUGGUAGUGGAUCCAUCCUUCCAUUAUAGAAACUGAACAGAAUGAGAUGAAAGCAAAUCUGCUCUUGCUUUGUUUUUCACAUUCCCCGACAUCUUUCCCCUUUUGAAAAUCCAACUCAUAUUAAAGAUGAGCAUGGACACUGAUGUCAUAAAAUGCUUUUUAUUAAGUUUGAUUUAGUCUAACCUCAGGCUUGUUGACGUGUAGUUCAGUUACUCAGUUUUGAAAGAUCAUUACUAUUUCACUGAUUUCAAAUUUACCCUGCCUAAUGGAAGAGUAUGGUUUAAGUAACAUUAGGAAGCAGGAUAAAUAAUUUUUGAAAUUUAAACGUUACUGUUUGCUACUCAGAUAAGGCCACCUUCAGUCUUCUUGGGCUAGACAGUUGUUGCUAGACCUGGGCUUCCUUGGGUCUAGCUCUGCCCUUCUGUCUCCUCUCAUGACUAUCCCAAGUCUUUUACACCUUUUAUUUCGGCAAUGCUCUUUUAAGGCACUGUUGUUUACAAAUGACAGCUUAAAUUAAUUUAGGAAGAGAGGAAUUUACAGGCCUAGGUAACUAUACUGAAGUAGGUGUCUCGGACAUUUGGAAUUAGACACUUGCCUGCUGUCAGGACAGAUGUUUUAUUUUUACUUGUCAGCUUCAUCCUUUCAAAUCACCUCUUCCCAGCACAUGGCUGCAACCUCUCCAGGUCCCCGUCCAGCUCGGCGGCCCAGCAGCCUGAGCCUCACGCUCUGUGCAGGGUCCCAGGACUCCUCCUGGCCAGGUGCUCAUCUCUGGGCUGUCCACUGUGCCUCUAGAGCUGUCUGAGAGCUCCAGGCUGCCCUGUCCAUGGAGCCCAAGACCCUUCCGGUCUAAGUAAAGUUGAUGCAGCAAAGAUUAUCCUCUCUUAUGGUUGGGCCUUGAAAGUCAAAUGUGAAGACUUGUCACAUUGUGAAUCUUCAUUUUGUCAGAAAAUUGUCACUAAAACAAAACAAUUUAUUCUUUGUUCUAGGAACUACUGUGUAAUAAUUUUUUGCUAAAUAUUGAUACAAUGUAAAAUUCAAGAUACUUAGUUUUAUUUUUCCAGGUAAGCUCUGGUCAGCCUUGUAUACGAUGGUGACUCCCAAAUUAUAUCAGCCUUUUAUACACUAUUUACCAUGGCUCUGUGUACCUAAGUCCACGGAGUGGACAGGUUGCUUGAAGGAGGGAGUAUAUUCAAAGUGCACGCAGGGCUGAGUCCUGGAGUUCCAUUUUAGAAGAUGGAAAGAGGCAGAAAAAUCUAGCAAAGGAGACGAAGAAGAAGCUGGUGACGUAGGAAGGAAAUACUUCAAGCCGAGUGAUCGAUUCUAUCAAUAUUGCUGAGAAUCCAAGACAAGACAGAAUUACCACUGGACUUGGCAAAAUUGCUGUUACUGACAGCACUGAUUAAUUCCGACAGCGUGCUCAGGACGGAUGCCUGGAGCGGACUGGAAAGGUCGGAGGUGAGGAAGCAAAGGUCAUGGACCGAGACGCUCCUUUCAUGAGUUCUGCUCAAGAAGGGAGAGAAGAAGUGGUGCUGCAGCCAGAGGGGGUGUGAGUGAAACCAGGUUUUUGAAGAUGGGAAAUAAAGAACGUUCCAUUAAUCAUUUUUGAUGGCCUGCUGGGUGUGUCCACCUGUCUUCUGAUGGCCCCUCAAUCCCUGUGAUGGCCCCUCAAUUCAGUCUGUCCAGAAUUUCUCUUUCCCUGGCCCUUACCACUCUCCUCCUGUGAUCUUAGUUUCUGCUCCCUAGAACUAGGAUGCUUCCGGCUUAUCAACCUUCAAACGUUACCCUUCAGUGUCUUCCCACUGCUCUCAAGAUGAAUCCAGGGUCCCAGCGUGGCCUCCAGGGCCGCCCCGUGUGACUCGACCCUCAGCUGCUCCUCCCUCUGGUCUCAAAACCUGGGCUCCAGCCGGCAGCCGGCCUUUCCUCUCCUUCCCUGCUUUCCUGCCCUGGGCUUCACACGCCCCGGGCUCCGCAUGUGCUCUCUCUGCUCAAAUGGCUUCUCCCAUCCACUCUGCUCAGCUGUCUGUCCCUCACAUCCUUAUGCUGGAGAUACUUGACGUUUUUGUCUGCCCACCACUCCUACCCCCUUAAACGAAAACGCUCCGAUUUUCCCUGAACUCAGCCCAGUUCCAAGAACAACCAAGCAGGGCACAGUCCCUGACCAGUUGGUAUUGGGCACGUGACCCACGUCAUAUCCAAGAGAGCAAAUUCUGGGACUUUGGGGAACUACUAGGAAGAGCAGCACAUCUUUCUGGACGUGCAGAGAUGUGCACCCAGAGCCACGAAGGGAGAGGCCGAAGGCGGAGCUGCCGCAGAAGCUCCAGCAGGGGACGUGUGAGAGCUUGGAGGCCAGCUCCAACCCCUGUUCUUCAGGUACAUGAUUCAUAAACUCCUUGUUUUCUCGUUACGUGAAGCUCUUAACAGUCCUGCCUCAUCUGCUUCAGGACUCCGAUUAAAUGUCAUUUUAUCAAAGAUUUUACCCACCUUCCCAGUCAGCACCCUAUUCUCAUCCUUUAUAGAACUUGGUAGAAUCUGUAACAGAAUAUUUGAGGGUACCUUUAUUUAAUGUCCAUUGCCCCACUGGACCAUAAGGUCAGUGUGGACAAGGACCUUAUCUGCUUGCCUUGUUCAUUAUGACACUGGUACCUGCCAACUUAAAAUAUUUAUUGGUUAGUGAUAACAUCAAACACUUACUGAGGUCUUACUAUGCUAGGCAUGGUUCUAAGUACAUUCAUUAACCCAUUUCAUUCUUAAAAAGUAACUCUUAGCAAAUAGGUGCUAGCAUUUCGACUUUUCAGAUGAGGAAAUUGAGGC